CCAGCACAGGGACAACAGCCAGUACAGCUGCCAGCAGAGCCAGCACAAGGGCAAGCGGUAGCACAGGGACAAGCGGCAGCACAGGGACUAGCAGCACAAGGACUAGCAGCACAAGGACAAGCGGCACAAGGACAAGCAGCAGUACAAGGACAAGCGGCAGCACAGGGACAAGCAGCACAAGGACAACAGCCAGUGCAGGGGCAACCGCUAGCACUAGGACAACAGCCUGGGCAUGAUUCUGCACAGCCGCAAUCACCAACACAAUCGGGAUUCGGACAGCAAUUAUCAGCAGCACAGCUAGCACAAGUCCACGUCGAUAAUACCCCUACCAGGGGAGACGUCUAUGGCUCAGCUGCUAUGGGAGCUGCCAUUGGAGCGGUUCCUGGCACUGUUAGUGCCACGAUACUUAAAGAUCAGAAUGAACAAAAUAGGGAGCAAACUGCUCGUGAAGGAGAAAUGAACAGGGCACAAAAUCUCGAGAUUGCCAAUAUGAAGAACAAUAACGGUGGUGAUGCUAGCAAUACUGGUGGUGCCACUAACCCUUCUCCUUCUGCCAACCCAGCUCCUCCUAUCGACCCAGGUCCUCCUAUCGACCCAGCUCCUCCUGCCAACCCUGCCAACCCUGGAAGCACUGGUUACGGUAACGCUGGUAAUGCUGGAAGUGCUGGCUAUGGAAAUGUUGGCAAUCCUGGCAGUGCCGGUUAUGGCAACGUUGGUAAUGCUGGAAGUGCUGGCCACGGAGAUACCAGUGUAGCGGGCACUACUGGUAAUGCUGGAAGCACUGGGUAUGGAUAUGCUAGUGCAGCAGGCACUUCUGGCGCUGCUGGUACCGUUAGCAAUGCCGGCGCUGCUGGCAAUACUGCUUAUUCUACCGGUGUUACUAAGAAGCGAGGACUUCCGGAAGUGGAUCAGGAAGUUGCUCGAGAAAUCCAACAGAUCGAUGAUUCUUGUACUAAGGACCUUAAUAGUCGGUCCAAUUUGGUCCAUCAUUAUGAAACCGGCACUGACUCUCUUCGAUUGGAUGACGUUCCUCCAUCCUCUACGUAG